AUCCCACCCCAAAUCCCACCCUAAACCUGACCCCAAAUCCCACCCUAAACCUGACCCUAGAUCCGAUCCUAAACCCGAUCAAAUCCGACCCCAAAUCUGAUCCCAAACCCAACCCUAAAUCCGACCCUAAACCCGAUCCCAAACCCAACCCUAAAUCCGACCCUAAACCCGAUCCCAAACCCAACCCUAAAUCCGACCCUAAACCCGAUCCCAAACCCAACCCUAAAUCCGACCCUAAACCCGAUCCCAAACCCAACCCUAAAUCCGACCCUAAACCCGAUCCCAAACCCAACCCUAAAUCCGACCCUAAACCCGAUCCCAAACCCAACCCUAAAUCCGACCCUAAACCCGAUCCCAACCCUAAAUCCAACCCCAGAUCUGAUCCCAAACCCAACCCUAAAUCUGAUCCCAAAUCCAACCCCAAAUCCAACCCCAGAUUUGAUCCCAAAUCUGACCCCAAGUCUGACCACAGGUACCACAAGAAAUUCCCCUCCGGCAGAUCCCAGUUUCUUCCCAGCACUAAUUUCUCUCCUCCCGUGGAAAAAUCCUCUGCAGUUCUCAGUGUUAGCUCGGUGAAUCCCACCCCUGCCCCACUCCAGGAGUCCCCAGAGGUGACCCCACACUCCAUCAUCUCAGCUGAGCACUCCUACGCCUCCCCCAUGCCCGAGGAUCCCAGGAAAUCCCCAGAUCCCAAAGAAAACCCCAAAUCUUUUCCCAAAACCCCCCCCAGGAAUGUGCUGGUGGGGAAGGUUCUGCCCUUCCGGCACCAGAGCUGCUCCUCGCUGCCCGCCCGCAGCAGGGGCUCCCCCAGGAGAAAAGAGGAUUUCUCCAAAAGGCACAAGGUGAAUUUUUGGGGGGAUUCCAUCAGGGUCACCUGUUGUUGGAAAGGGAAAUACCUGUUCCACCUGGACAGCAGGUACACCAACAAUUCCCUGGAGAAAGCUGUGGUGCGGGCACUGCAUGGCCCCUGUGACCCCGACCUCCCCGAUGACGUGGAGGGGAUGAAGCUGAUCCUGCACACCUGGGUGGCUCUGUUCUACAGGAAACCCAGCAAACUCCUCAGCAGCUCCCGCAAGGUGGUGGAGCACAUCAACCCCAAAAAAUUCGUCUCCAUCAACAGCUCCAGCGCUUUCCUGGAGCUCAGUGAUGACAGCCAGGACUGCUUUGGCUUGGAGACGUGUCCUGCAGACUCGGGCUCGGAUCCUGACCAGACUCCCAGCAGCUCCCUGGAUCCCAGCCCCCCUUCCCAGCCCGAGAAAAGCCCCGCGGAUUCCCAGACGGACGCGGCUGUGGACAGCACCGUCUCCUCCUCCUCGGGGGAGCUGCCCUGCAAGGAGGAGGAGGAGGAGGAGGAUGAAUUCCCUGGUAUGAAUUCCCAUGAGUGA